GAAAACAGCCUGUCUGAUGGUUCUACAGAACAUGAUCAGGCUGCUCCAGGAGCACAAGCAAGAAAAAUACCAAGACUCACCAUGGUCCCCAUGCUCAGAAUGCUGCUGUGCCUUGGACUGAGUGUGGGACAGAUGACUGCAGUCCUGGCAGGAACACUCCCAAAGCCCAAAAUCUGGGCUGAGCCACAGUCUGUGAUUGCCAUAUAUGCACCUUGUACUAUUUGGUGUCAGGGUUCCCAGGAGGCCAAGGAAUACCAUAUGCAUAAAGAGGGAAGCUCAGAUCCUUGGGACCGACAAUUCCCUCUGGAAAGCUUGGACAAGGCUAAAUUCUGUAUUGAUCACAUGACACGGGACUUUGCAGGGAUAUAUAAGUGUUACUAUAAGAGCCCUGCUGGCUGGUCAGAGCACAGUGACACCCUGGAACUGGUGCUAACAGAAGCUUAUGAUAAACCAAGCCUGUCUGUCUGGCCCAGCCCUGCUGUGACCUCAGGAGAGACCAUAACCAUGCAGUGUAGUGCAUCACUGGGAUUUGGCAGAUUCAUUCUGAUCCAGGAAGGAAAGCACCACCUCCGAUGGAACCUGGACUCACAGCAAAAUGCCAAUUUGGAAUUCCAGGCUCAUUUUGUUCUGGACCCCGUGACUACCAUCCACAAUGGUACAUUCAGAUGCUAUGGCUAUUAUAGGAACCAUCCCCAGGUGUGGUCAAUAUCAAGUGACCCCCUUCACCUCUUGGUCUCAGAAUCCAAGGACCAGUCUCCCACCCACACUGAGAAUGGAUUGGGAAGAUACCAGAAGGUUCUGAUUGGAGUCUUGGUCAGCCUCCUCCUGCUUUUCUUCCUCCUUAUUCUUCUCAUCCUCUUCCGAUAUCAGUGUAAAGGCAAAGAGAAGAAGGCAGUUCAUGCAGACCAAAGGGAGACCAACUUGCAACUUCUUGAAGGGGAUACAGACCCAACAGCCAGAGAGAGACUCCCUCAGAAGAGAUCCAGCCCAGAUGCCGCCAUCAAGGAAGAAAACCAGUAUGCUUCUGUGAUGGACCCACAACCUGAGGAGAGUGUAGAGCUGGACAGUUGGAACCCACCUGAUGAAGAACCCCAGAGAAUUGUUUAUGCCCAGGUGAAACCCUCCAUGCUUUAUAAAGCAGGGAUUACCUCUUCUUUCCCACUGUCAGAAAAAGUACUGGACAUGAAGAAUAAUCAAUCAGGAGAGAACAGAGAGAUGUACCCUCAGGCUACUACAUCCAAGAAGCCUCAGGAUGUGACCUAUGCCCAGUUAUGUAGAAGGACACUGGAACAGGACAACAGCUGCAAAAAGUAAGAAGCCAUAACAGAAAGAAGACUCUGACCCCACAUUCUGUGGACAGAAACUAGGGACAUCUGAGAUAAUAUUUGUCUCUAGUGCACUCUGUAUAACGAACGUCAGCCAUCAUGCAUACCACAUGUAUCAUCAGGAGACUCUCAGAACUUGACCCUCUUGAUUCUUUGGUCAGAGAUAACCAAUGUCCUUACAUUUUGCAAAUAGAGCUAAAUCCUUCUCAAUAAGCAAUUAGUGAAAUGAGAAAAAAUGAAGUGAGAAAUUGUUGUGAAUUGAAUGACAAUGUAACCAGGACACAUUGGUCUAUGAAACUUGAACUUUCAGAACCAUGAAUAAAUACAGAAGCAAAAAAAAGUCUACAAAAUCAAUGGCCUUAUAUAUUAUAAUGAGAAUACAGAAUGUUAAAACCAGGCUAUCCCAGAUGAAAGCAUGGGGGUGGAAAUGGCAAUUUAAGAGAAACCACUGGCCCUGCGUGAUGGCCACUCAUCCUAGAUAAUCAGGAGGCACCAAUAGAAGACCUUAUCUACCACUUUUGAAGCCUUUGGAUUCAUUCCCAGCACAGACAGAGACAGAGACAAAGGGAAGACAAGUAGUGGGAGAGGGAGGGAAUUUCUGGUACUACUUAUAUACUCUAAGAUGUGUGGUCUUCAAAUGGAGUGUGGUCAAAUUAUCAGGACUUACAUCCUUAAAGAAAACCAACUUCCCCUCUCCCAGAAGUCAUCAAAUGCCAACAGCUUCUCAGUUAGGGGUGAAAUUUUUGAUCAUUCCCUCUCCAUGCUGGGAUUUGGUUUGGCUUGAGCUUGUGCGGGUCUUUGCAUGUUGCUGUAACCACUGUGAGCUCAAAACUGCAUCUGCCCUGCUAUGUCUGGAAAACACUAUUUCCUUGCAGUCAUCCACUGUCUUUGGCUCUUACAUCUUUCUAUUUCCUCUUCUACAAUGAUCCCUGUCCCAUGGGUUGUGGGGGUGUGACUUUUCUGCCCCUAGCAGGUAUCAACUGCCAACAGCUCCUUGGCUAGAUCUGAGGCCUUAUGAGUCCCUUUGCUCUCCAUGCUAGAGUCCUGACUGGCUUCACCUCCUGCAGGUCUUAGGCCAGGGGCUUACAGCUACUGUGAGGUAAUGGAUGACAUAUCCCAGUUAGAUCCAAUAGACACUAUUUCACAUCACAGAAUCAUUGGCAGUCCUGUAACUGUUACAAGCCUCCCUUGUCUUCCACAAUAUUUUUUCAUGUGUAUAUGUAUAGGAAUAUACAUACAUGUUCCAAAAUAUAGCAUGCUCAGUCCAUAUGUUACCUGUAUGAAUGUUUUCAGGCCUGACCAUUAGGUAUUAGAUAACCAAUUGGUGUGCUUUCCCCUGAAGUAGACUAUUUCUCCCUCUCUCAACAUUCCUCAAUUGCCUACAGUUGUGUGUGUGUGUGUGUGUGUGUGUGUGUGUGUGUGUGUGUGUGUGUCUGUGUCUGUGUGUCUGUGUGUCUGUGUGUCCAGGGAUGAGUCCUCAUGGGCUUUUCUCCAACUACUUUGUUCAAGGAAUGUUUGGGAAAUCAUGUUAGUGAGACUUUGUAGGUACACAUGCUGACAUUAUUGGAGGCACAAUCUCACAGGAAAUACACUGAUCUUGCUCAUACAAUAUUUCCACCUCCCUUCUUCAAUAUUCCAUGAGCCAUAGGUGUACAGAAAAUGAUCAAAAUUGGAAAUGUUUCAUUGCCUUUGGUUGUGUACCUACUGGUUACUUCACCACACUAAAAUCCAGUAAACAUACAUAUGGUCAUGGUUAAAUUGAGUGAAUCACAACAAAAUCAAAAGUUAUGAAUAUGGAAAAUGACUUUUAGGAAUGAUGGUCCAAAGAAAGUUCAACAAGAAAAUCCUGUCACAUUUAGUGCCCAAUGCAGGGCACCAAAUUUGGUUGGACUUUGUUUGGCCCACCAGCCCCCAAAUAAUGACACAGAGACUUCUUAUUAAUUAUGAAAGCUCAGCCUUUAGCUUAGGCUUGUAUCAACUAGCUCUUAUAAUGUAAAUUAACCUGUUUCUAUUAAUCUAUAUUCUGCCAUGUCACUAUUUACCUCUCCUCCAUUCUGUAUGUCUGACUCCCUCUUGGUGGCAUCUCCUACGUGCCUAGAUUCAUCCACCUGAGUUCCAUGCUCUGCCCAGAAGUCUGGCCUAACCCCUCUUGUCUAGCUACUGGCUGUUCAGCAUUUUAUUAAGCCAAUCACAGUGACACAUCUUCACACAGCAUGAUAAAAUAUCCUACAACAGUUCCACCCUUUGUCUAAACAAAAAAGAAAGGUUUUAACUCUUAGUACAGUAAAACUGUAUACAGUAAGAAGAAUUAUCAGUCAACAAGAACAACUUCUUUGUACCAGAGGAAUCCAGUCUAUUCCUUGGCUCUUAAAAAGAAAUUUAUAUUGCACAGGAGUCACUCAUAUGCACUAUACACAAAUAGUAGGAGACAAAAUAAAAUUCACCCAGACUCAUAUUCAUUGAACUUCUCUUGAUAUUUCCAUCAAUAGUGUUUAGUUAUCACAUAGUUUGUGAUUAAAAUGGAUUUAUAUUUCUCCUAAUUUGAGUCCAUCUUUAAUCACAUCAUUCUAUCUGGUAAACCACUGUCUUUGGAAAUGCUACUUAUACUACCCUUCCUAUGGGUUAUAAAGGUUUAUGUGGAAAUAGGCUACAUCAUAUACCUAUUGUUCAGUAAUCUCUGCAAUCAAUCAAUAGAAUUAAGAGAUUACUCCCUUAAACUUGUACUGAUUAUUUGCACCUAUUUGAUCCUUUAGUGGUUGCAGCUACAAUAUCUUUUUUACUACCAAUCCAAGGAAUGGUUACUGGAAUACAAAGAAAGUUCCCAAAGAUAAUGCCUGUAUAACUAGUAAAACUGCUCGUAUUACAGCAAAAUAACAGCAGAAAUUUAUCAAGAGAUGAUAAAUGGAGGGCCACAAUAGAAAUAAAUGAAUCUGUACUUGUUACUCAAGUAUAAUCUUGAUUGUCAACAACUUCCUCUCAUGUGUUACUUUAAUGUGUCAGAUUUUCAUCAUUAUAUUUAUGGUAAAAAUAAAGAUUUGUGGAAAGAGAGACAAAAUCUCUCAAGGGA